UUGAAUUCGAACUUCUGCUGUUUCUUGACGCAAACAAAACUGAUCCGAAAUGAGCCCAAUCGCGAUAGACGGAUCCUCUCCUGCGUCCAACAAGACCAAAGAUGGCCAAGCUCUCGAGGAGCUAUCAGAUGCAAUCAAUGAAGUCAACGUCUUCAAAGCCGACAUGGCCAAGGAGAAGGGCCUUUACGACGACUCUGAAUUCGAUAAGGAUAAGGACAAGACCAAGUUCCGUCAGUACGAAACUGCCUGCGACAGGGUCAAAAACUUCUACAAAGAGCAGCACACCAAACAGACAGUAGCCUACAACCUGAAGGCACGCAAUAACUUUUACUCCAAGACGCGUGCGGAGAUGACGGUAUGGGAGGCCAUAGAGAAGCUCAACACUCUCAUUGACGAGUCGGAUCCGGACACCAGCCUAUCGCAGAUCGAGCACCUACUGCAAUCCGCAGAGGCAAUCCGACGCGACGGCAAGCCUAGGUGGAUGCAGCUGAUCGGGUUGAUUCACGACCUGGGCAAGCUUCUUUACUUCUUCGACGCGCAGGGCCAAUGGGACGUGGUCGGGGAUACAUUCCCUGUUGGAUGUGCCUUUGACGGCCGGAUCAUCUACGGCAGUGAGUCUUUCAAGGAUAACGAAGACUAUGGACAUGAGAUCUACGGCACCAAAUUCGGUAUCUACAGUCCGGGCUGUGGAUUGGACAACGUCAUGUUGUCCUGGGGCCAUGACGAAUAUCUCUACCACGUCGUCAAGGACCAGUCCACGCUACCUGCCGAGGCGCUUGCUAUGAUCCGCUACCACUCCUUCUAUCCCUGGCAUUCUGCCGGAGCUUAUCACGAAUUGAUGAACGACCAUGACAAGGGGAUGCUCAAGGCGGUUAAGGCGUUUAAUCCGUACGACCUGUAUAGUAAGAGUGAUGGAAUUCCCAGUGCAGAGGAGCUUAAGCCCUACUACCUUGAACUGAUUGACGAGUUUUUCCCGAACAAGGUUGUAAAAUGGUGAACUGAUAGCAUGGGUUUGGUUUCUGUUCAAAUAUUACAAGCUUUUUCGUUUUUGUACAUGAUCAUUUUGGCAGCAAUUGACCUAGGGGUAGCGGUACCUUAAUGAUUGAUGUCCAGAUUGAUACAUUGACAAUAUUCCAGCCCUGACAUUUUCAACCUCGCCCACUGCAACAGUAAUAACAUCCACCGUGUCGAUCCGCAGAAAAGAACAGGAGCAUAUUAGAUUUCUCAUAAUACUUUGCAGUCUUAUGCGUCGAACUGUCAUAUCUUACUUGUAAA